CUGAGCAACCACCGCUCCUCUACGCUGAGCUGUGCGGUUCCGGAGUAUCUGAGUAUUCCCAAAGAAAGCAAGGAAGCCUAGGCCUGAGGUCCUGGGGUGAAGGGCUGGGGAGCGGAAGGAAACAGACCAUGGAGAGGAAAGACAUCAUUGACUUCAAGGCUUUGGAGAAAGAGCUGCAGGCUGCACUCAGUGCUGAUGAGAAAUACAAACGGGAGAAUGCUGCCAAGUUACGGGCCGUGGAGCAGAAGGUGGCCUCCUACGAGGAGUUCAGGUUUCGCCUCGAUCAUGCAAAGUGCAGCCACCUCACAUCCGCAGAGAGCGUGAAGUCUAUCCUCCGAUCCCUGUCCUUUGCCUGCAGGAGUAUUGUCCUUGCAUCACAUCUGAAGCCACUGGAGCGGGAGGCCAGGACAGGAGGGAGGAGGGCUGUGGCCUGGAACUGUCACACUACUCAGACGGGGACCUCUCAGGACGAGACCACUGAAAUCUCCCAGGAGAAAACACUUUUCCAGCCUGAGACCUCUGCAGAGUUCUACCGUGAUUGGCGGCGGCACUUGCAGAGCGGGCCAGAGCGCUACCAGGCCCUGCUGCGGCUCGGAGGUCCAAAGCUGGGUCACCUCUUCCGGACGGACGUGGGGUUUGGACUUCUAGGGGAGCUGCUGGUGGCACUGGCGGAUCAUGUGAGGCCAGCCGACCGGUUGGUGGUGCUAGGGAUCCUGCACAGCCUGGCCAGCACCGGGCGCUUCACCCUGAACCUGAGCCUGCUGAGCCGUGCGGAGAGAGAGAGCUGCAGAGGCCUGUUUCAGAAGCUGCAAGCCACGAGUGCUCCCAGACCCACAAAGGAGGGGCUGAGCCAGAAGGAGCGGGGUCUGGAGGAGCAGCCUGGUGGGAUCCAGGAGGAGGAGAGGCUCCUGCAAGAGCUGCUAGGGCUGUACAAGGUGGAUUGACAGGACCAUUUACCUUCAGAGGCCCCCCCGUGGCCACUGGAGGCAUUUUUUGCUUGUUGUCCUGGGGGCUCUGCAGGACUGUCAUGAGAAGCCCACACCUAAUUCCCUUCUCAACCUGGAGUUGGCAGAACGUAUGCAAGAAUCGAAUCUUCCCCACUUCUCCAGCCACCUAGGUUGCUCAAUAUUCUGAACUGUGUAGAUCAACAGAAUGGUCAAGGGCCCAAGAACUUGAGUUUUGCUUCCCACCCUCAGAGUCUGCCAAGCCUCUAGCCCGUGGCCCUGAGAGACGAGUGUGUACCCAACCAAAUGCUGGCUAUUACCAGUUAAA